AAUAUGGACUUUUCAAAUCAUAGAGAUACAUCUACUGCAAUGAACAGAUAACGGUUGUCGCAUUCAGGCAUACAACGCAAUACACUAUACCUGUACACCAUGGGGAUAAUAUGGAUGUUGUUAUUUAUUAAUAUAACAAACAAGUGUUCACGAGUCAACAUCGUCUCGUUUAUUCUACUUACCACAAUUGGCAUGAAAUGUCAUUCAGAGCUUUACGAAAUGAAAUGGACGAAGAUACCUGAAUAUGACAAUCUAGUCCCAAAGCUUGCGAAUUUCUUAAUUUCUGAAUUCGAAAUGAUUGGACGGGUGGAAUGCGUGCUGAGGUGUUCCAUGGAUAAACCUGCAUGUCUUGAAGUUUUCUAUAACGGACUGCAGGGAUCUUGUAAGCUACUGAGGAGUAACCUUAAUCAGACAUUGGUAUAUGAUAUACAGACCGGAUGGGAGUGCUUAGCAGAAAACGGUGAAACUGCAAGCUGGGAUUUCGGCUGGCUGUGUUCCUCUGAGCACUGCUAUCUACUGAACCAAACCCAACAGUCUUGGAUCGAUGCAAAGCAACAAUGCAGACAUCUUGGGGCGCAUUUAGCAGAGAUAGACUCUCCAGAAGAAAACACGUGGAUCAAAGAGAACGUUUUAACAGAAAUACCAGGAGAUAUAGAUCCUAAUUUUUGGACACAGUGUACAUGAAUUGGUGCCAAUGACCAGGGAACGGAGAACACGUUUGUCUGGAGCGAAAGCAACACUGAACUGACCUUCUUCAAUUGGCUUGGCAGUGAGCCUAAUAACUUCAUUAAUGAAGACUGUGUGGCCGUGGGGAAGGCUGGGACGUGGUUUGAUUUUGUAUGUUUAAAUCAAUGUUUUUUUCUCUGUCAGAGAAAACUCUACAAAAGAUGAGGCUUUUGUGAUUUUGUUGUGUCAGACUUAUAGUCCAAGUAACUUUGAACUUUUAUGGAAUAUUUUCUAGGAAAUUUCGACAACUUUCAUGUAUUUGAUCAAAGAGGGGGAAAUUGAUAUAAAAUUAUGUUUGAAUUU